CUUACACUCCCGCCUUGCUCAGUGUCUCUCAGGGACUCUCAGCCUGCUCUCCCUCUGCGGCCUCCUACUUUGUGCUGACCAGCCUAAGCACUGACAACAACCAAGAACCAUGGCGCAGCAACAGCAGAUUAGCCUCCCAGCCAAACUGAUCAAUGGAGGGAUUGCAGGCAUGGUAGGAGUCACCUGUGUGUUUCCAAUUGACCUGGCCAAGACCCGCCUGCAGAACCAACGCAGCGGGCAACAACUUUACAAGAACAUGAUGGACUGCCUUAUAAAGACAGUUAGAUCUGAAGGCUACUUUGGCAUGUACAGAGGUGCUGCAGUAAAUCUCACCCUGGUGACCCCAGAGAAGGCCAUCAAGCUAGCUGCUAAUGACUUCUUCCGCCACCAGUUGAGCAAAGACGGCAAGUUGACAGUGUUCAAGGAGAUGUUGGCAGGAUGCUGUGCAGGAAUGUGUCAGGUGAUUAUCACCACACCCAUGGAGAUGCUCAAGAUCCAGUUGCAGGAUGCUGGAAGGCUAGCGGCCCAGCAGAGGGGGAUGCCUUGUGUCGUAUCCGCUCUGAAAAUGGGUGGGACCAGUCCUGUUCUUAGCCGUUCCUACAACACCAGCCCUGCGCCUCAAAUCAUGCGAGUGUCUGCCACACAGAUCACCAGAGAGCUGCUGAGGACAAAAGGAGUAACAGGACUGUACAGGGGACUCGGAGCAACAUUGAUGAGGGACAUCCCAUUCUCCGUCGUGUACUUCCCUCUUUUUGCACAUCUGCACCAGCUCGGCCGGCAUUCCGCUGAAGACCCUGCUGUGCCCUUUUAUUGGUCCUUCAUGUCUGGAUGCCUAGCUGGAUGCAUUGCUGCUGUCACUGUCAGCCCUUGUGAUGUGGUCAAGACAAGGCUACAGUCACUCAAAAAAGGAGCUAAUGAGGAAACCUACAAUGGCGUGGUGGACUGUAUCAGAAAGAUCCUGAUAAAGGAAGGUCCCGGAGCGUUCCUCAAGGGAGCAAGUUGCCGGGCGCUUGUUAUUGCCCCACUCUUUGGAAUUGCACAGGUUAUGUACUUUGUUGGAGUUGGAGAGUUCCUGCUAGGGUGCACACCCUACAACAUCUACUCUGCAUAAACAAGCUGUUUACUAGUCUUUCUGCAACCUCAUUAAAUUACAGGCAGCUAUGCCCUGGCAUAGCCAUGGACCCAGCUCUCUGUUACUGUGUACCUUCUUUAUUGUUGGAGGCUGUUAAAAGUUAAAUGGAUCUGAAAGAUGCCAUUUAACCUCAAACUGGUUUAAAAUGAUGCCUUUAGCUUGCCUGCUUGUAUGGCCUUCAGUGGAGCUUAUUACAAAAACAGAAAGGCUUUCUUCACUGACAAUCUUGACGGUCCAAUAUUGACCACCUAUUCAAUUGGAUCAGAGUUGACUCCAGUCUUUUGCCCUUUACUUUAACCCUCACCCGGAUAUCCCCUUCAACUGUCUUAUCUUAGAGACACGUGUGAUGGCUGUAGCACAGUGUUACAAAAGAGACCUUACGAUGCAAGGGAGCUCAUACUAGGUAAAAACAAAGGCAGAAUAUUGAAACAUGACUUGAAUAGACUGAAUCCUGUUUUAAAGGGUUUCAUGUGGAACCAGUAGGACAUACAGAAUCCUACGUAAUAUUACUUUGUUACAAUGAAAGAGAGAUUUACUAUACUUUUGGAAUUUUUUUUCUAUUCUCUUGGUCACAAUCUUAACAAGUGCUUUUUAGUUUUAUUGUUGCUAAUAAUUGUGGUCGAGGUGUUUGGGUUCUUUGCAGAACAUUUUUGGCAAUCUUUCUGUGGAUGCCAACACAACACUGUUUUGUAACAUACACGUUUGCACUCCAUGGCUCAAUAAGGCUUCAUGCAAUCAACUAGGGAGACCUGUUUGUUUCUUCGAGUAGUACUUUAUAUGGUGGCAAACUAGUAAAUGAUGGAUAUAACUUUAUUUACUCCUGUGCUUUUGGGACCAAGUCUUCUGGGAAAGGUGCAAAAUGAACUUCAUAUAGCCACUUACUUUUAGUUGACUGUGGUUGUCUGUUACCGGUCAGGUUGUUCCAGUCACGCUGGAAAAAGGCCUGGGGCAAAGUACUUUUAACAGUUUGUAUCAUUUGUAAAUAGCUAUCCUGUUUAUUUUAUUUUUUUGAACUGUGAAAAGCUAAACUCGAAUUGAGAGCAGGUUGAAAAUAUUUCAACCAGUUGAAGAUAAUUAUUUAUUACUUUUUUAUUUAUUUGCAUAUGUAAAUACAGAUUAUUAAAUGCUGAAUAAAUGUUUAUGAAUUCA